AUGGCUAGCGCAAGGUUAAGUGCAGAGAGAUGGAGAGAACUAAGCGGCGAGAACAAUUGGGAGGGUUUGUUGGAUCCUCUAGACUAUGAUCUUCGCUGCUUUAUUAUUAGCUAUGGGGAUAGAGCUGUAGCUAUUGGCAAUGCCUACAACGACAAGAAGUUCUCUGAUUGUCGUGGAUUUUGUCGUUAUCCACCAGAGGAUUUCUUCUCUAAGCUGGGCAUAACAAACCGCAAUCCCUUUGAUUAUACUCUCACUGACUUUAUUUAUUCAAGAUUAGAGGACAAUGUCUUCCACUGGGAUAGUGGACCAUUGUCCACUUGGUGUGCUUAUGUGGCAGUUGCCACAGAUGAGGGGAAGGAUAAGCUUGGGAGGAGGGAAAUUGUGCUUUCUUGGAGAGGAACCACGUUGAAAGUGGAAUGGCAUAGAGAUCUUGAAGCCAUACCAUUCAUAGCUUCAGACUUAUUUGGAGUCCGUGUUCCUCUGCCUUUGGUGCAUUAUGGCUUUCACAGCCUCUACACCUCAAAAGACCAAAACUCUACUUACAAUAAGACUAGUGCCAGAGAGCAGGUUCUAGCUGCAGUGAGGAAACUGGUAGAUCAAUACAAGGAUGAGGAGGUCAGUAUAACAAUAACAGGCCAUAGUUUGGGAUCAGCACUAGCGACCUUGAAUGCAGUGGACAUAGCUUACAAUGGCUAUAACAAGCCAACAGGCGAGCCAAACAAGAGUUUUCGGGUGACAGCCAUUGUCUUUGCUAGUCCCCGAGUCGGAGACUUAGGCUUCAAGAAGAUAUAUGAUGAUUUGAAAGAUGUUCGAGUGUUGAGGGUCACAAAUGCCAUGGACCCAAUUCCUGACCUUCCACCAAUUGCUGUUCAUGUGGGAGAAAACUUGCCAAUUGACACUAGGGAAUCCCAGUUCUUGAAAAGCGAUGUUAGUCCACAUAAUUUGGAUGUUUAUUGCCAUGGGGUUGCAGGUACACAAGGGAGUAAAGGGGGAUUUAAUUUGGAAGUUCCUCUUGAUAUUGCAUUGAUAAACAAAGCAACAGAUGGUUUAAACGAUGAACAUAAUUACAAUAUACCAGCUAAGUGGUGGGUUGAGGAGAAUAAGGGUAUGGUUGUAAAUAAGGAUGGGACCUAUACAGUGCAAUUUUAUGUGCCAGAUCCUCCCACAGUGCCUCUCAAUGAACUGGAAGCUAAAUGA